GAAACUUGUUUACAAAACUCUGUGUAAAAUUGUGUAGUGAACAAUAAAAAUGGCGUCAUCAAACGGAAAAGAGAGUUCCAAAAUAACCGCUUCUAUGGACAGUUUAAAAUUAUCUAGCAAGAAUACUUCAGUGGGCUCAUCAAAACGUCCUUCAUCAGAAUCAGUGCUGUCACGUAAAGACAAAGAAUGUCUUCAAAUGCAAGAAUGUAAGAAGAAACUGUUAGCAAUGGAGCCACAGAUUAUAAUAAGAGAUGAGAAUGUAGUGCUAAGGUCACCACCACAAAAGAAGAUUGUAAUGCCGCCAACCAUAAAUCCAGAGGAACUAGCAGCAUCAACACCAACACAACGUAACUGGCGAGGCAUCCUCAUCGCACUUCUGGUGAUAGCUGCAGUGUUGGGACUGAUUGUGUUCAGCAUAGCCCUACUGACGCCAGCAGGGGACGGGGGCAGGGUGAAGGGGAGGCGGCCCACGCUGAACGAUGUGCUCGCUGAACACUAUAAGCCAUUCAAUGGUACUUGGCUUACUGAUGAGGAGCUAGUAUUCCGAGACCGUUGGGGCGGACUUACUUUGUUCAACGUGCGUAACUACACCACCAGACUGCUUAUGAAUAACUCUACAUUCAGGGAGUUGAACGCAGUAGACUUCAAAGUAUCAGCAGACCUGAAGUUUGUCCUGCUCAUAUCGGACGUGCGGCGCGGCUGGAGACAUGCUCGGCUGGCCCGCUACCACGUUUAUGACGUCAUCACUAGGAAUAAAAUACCAAUAUCACCAGUUGAAGACGAUCGAUCUGCUCCACUGCUGCAGUACGCUGAGUGGUCUCCGGUCGGGUCUAGUUUGGUCUUCGUGCAUGACAACGAUAUCUACUACAAACCCCGCAUACUAAAGACCCUCGUCUGUAGGAUUACUAAUACAGGAAUUCCCGGAGUUAUCUUCAAUGGUGUACCGGACUUCCUCUAUGAGACAGAAAUACUACGCUUAGAUCGUGCGUUGUGGUUCAGUCCGGACGGACAGACGUUAUUGUACGUCACGUAUAACGACAGCCUGGUACAACAGCACAAAUAUCCCUGGUACGGGUUGGACCAGCAAGAACCACCCGCGUACCCAACCAUUAAGACGCUUAGAUAUCCUAAGGUGAACACCAACAAUCCAGUGGUGACGGUGUACGUGGUCAGCUUGAAGACACCCAAGUUCCUUUUCCCUCACGCUAUACAGUUUACGUCGCAAAUUGACAAAAGUUGGUACGUAAGAUGGACAAGUUGGUUGUCCGAGAAACAAGUCGGAGUUCUACUGCUCAACCGACCACAGAAUGUUUCAAUCAUCAGCAUCUGUAGCGCAGUACACUACAACUGUCAGGACAUAUUCCGUGACGAGUCAGAUGGAACACGGUGGUCGGGUUUGGGCGCAGACCCGGUGGAAGAGUGCGGUUGGUGCGGCGGCGGUGCCCUCGUGGGCGGGCCGGCGGGAGUCUUCACCUCCGCGCCCAUCACCGACCAGGGCGGCAUUUGGCGACAUGCGGUGCAACUGACCACUGAGACCAGAAUAACCUUGACUCAAGGCAGCUUUGAAAUCACCCAGCUGGUCGGCUGGGACGAGAGAAGACGACUUUUAUACGUUAUAGGCACGGCUCCGGAGAAAGCAGGCGAACGACACUUGUACCGCGUGUCAGUGCCGGCUGACGGUAGUUGGCCUCCGCCCCCGCACUGUCUCACAUGUACGCAAGAUCAGCCGCCUGAUGCAGUGCACCUUACUACUGAACCACCAGUUGACGAAUUGGAAUAUGAGAACUCAACAUCGUCUCUUCCCGCGUGGCCGACGUCCACAGUACUGCCGCACAUCUCCCACGAAAACGACACGCUGCCCUCACUUUGUCUGUACAACAGGGUCAUAUUCAGCAAGAACUUCUCUUAUUACGUACAGGAAUGUCUAGGCCCGGGUCCUCCAGUAACCUUCCUGUGCUCAGCCAACGGCGUGCGACGCUCUGUGUUGUGGGACGGUCAGCCACUAAGGCAGAAGUUUGCGGCACUCGCUACGCCACAGUUCAAAGUUUUUAGAGUCGAGGUGCAAGCCCAUCGCGAAGCCAGAGUUCGUCUGCUGCUGCCGCCAGGGUUGAGAGAAACUGAUGACCUGCCGUUACCGCUGGUUUUACAUGUUUCAGCGGAGCCUGGCGGUCAGUUAGUGACUGAGCGAUGGGAGCCUAACUGGGGCUGGUAUCUUGCCUCGGCCAGGAACUUCAUCGUGGCUGAGAUAGAUGCGAGGGGAUCUGGAGGACAGGGUGAGGAGCUAAGAACAGAAAUAUACCAGAAGAUGCUGUCGGUAGAUGUAGAAGACCAAAUAGCUGUACUUUCCUACCUUCGCGACAACCUGAAGAUGGUAGACGGGUCUCGCGUAGGCUUGUGGGGGCGCGGGUAUGGCGGCGGGGUUGCUGCUGCGGCAGCGGCGGGCGACGCGCGUAACGUGACACGCUGUCUAGCCGCAGUUGCCCCCUUGGCUGACCUGCGCCGGCAUAACUCAUACUGGACUGAGCGGUACGGUGGCGCAGCAGCGGGUGGCGCGGGGGGCGCAGUAUGGCGGCGAGCGGGUAACCUACCACCGCGGCGAGUCCUGCUGGCACAUGCUACUGCAGACGAACGCGCACCACCAGACCAUGCUCUCGCUCUUGCACGCGCGUUAGUCAGAGCACAGGCGCUGUAUACACACCAGAUCUAUCCAGAUGAGGGGCAUUAUUUUGAAAGAUCGUAUAUGCAUCUCCAUAAGACUAUGGAGCAAUUCUUCGACGAAUGCUUUGGUCCAGUGGAACUCGCAGACUGGGACGCAGGCGGUGUAGGCGGUCUCUUUCCAUUCCGAGACUAAUCAUCAAGGGGACUUUAGGUGACAAAGUAAAGAUAAGCGUCGAGCAUAAACAAUGUGUCAAAUUUGACAUUUAUGUCACAGAUUAAAAAUUAAAUAUUCAAAGCAUAAUGUGACAAACGUAUUGUUAUUUUUUGAGUGUUUGCCAGAGCAAAUUAACAGAUUAAUAGGCGUGGUUUACGACCAGAAAGCGUUUGGUGAAGUUAUACACUGAAGAUUGCAUUUAUUAAGAUAUAUCUAUAAGGGCUCAUGAUUUAAAAAUUGGAAACGAUGACGCUCGUUCAGCUCUAAGAUAGUGAAAAUAUUACACAUAUAAUUUAAAAUGUAAUUUGUCUGCUGUAAAUGUAAAAUUUAUAAAUCUCUAGAUGUCUAGAGAACUACGAGAGAAAUAACAUCAAAUCAAGAAGUGUUUAAGUGCAAAUUAUGAUUCAAAUUGUAUUUACUGAAGUAUUGUCAGAUAUAACACGAUGGCAAUGUUUUACGCGGCUAAAAAAUUUAAACUGUUCAACACGUACUAUAAAAUAAUUUAAAGAUA